UGUGUUUUUUAGCGAGCUUAACGCAGCCAUGUUUUAGUAGAGGCUGACUUUAGGGAAAAGACACACUCAGUCGCACUGUCAAUCACAAUUAGGGAACCAUGGGAGUAAACUGCGAGGGGAGCUUGGUGUAAGCACUGUGUUUACGUCCAAAGGUUGCUUUAAUUCGAGCAUUAUGUGCAGCGCUAUGCUGUGGGACGUUUGCAGCCGACCUCACCAACUGGGAAUUCUUGCUCCACUCUGAACUGGAAUUGGCAUGAGACGUUAUAUAUUUAAAAACAAACAGAAAAACUUCACUUGGCUCCGCUUUUCUACCGUUUCGGCGUUUUAAAGUACGCGAGUUAGCGUUUAUCUUCGUCUAAAAAGCCACGUAGAGGCGGAUUGUGGUCGCUCCAAGCGUGGGAAACAGUGCGUGGAUUUGACUACAACUAGUGGGAAUCUGUUGUGUUCAUUUCUGAGAAACUACCCUGCUGACGGGGGGACGGAGACACUCCCCAGAACAGGCGAAGCCAAACGGCCACCGACCGCUGGGAGUCCGGGGAGCAGGGAGCAGAGAUGAGUGGGGGAGAGGUGGUGUGUUCAGGCUGGCUGCGAAAGUCUCCUCCUGAAAAAAAGUUGAGACGUUACGCAUGGAAGAAGCGGUGGUUUAUUCUACGCAGUGGCCGAAUGACAGGCGACCCAGAUGUGCUGGAGUACUACAAGAAUGACAGUGCCAAGAAACCCAUUCGAGUGAUUGAUCUGAACUUAUGUCAACAAGUGGAUGCUGGGCUGACAUUCAGGAAGAAAGACUUGGAGCACAGUUUCAUAUUCGACAUCAAGACGAUUGACCGCGUUUUCUACCUGGUGGCUGACACCGAAGAAGACAUGAAUAAGUGGGUGCGCAACAUCUGCGAUAUCUGUGGUUUUAACCCUACUGAUGAAGAUGUUCCAAAAAGUGUUCGGCAAUCUGGCGCUGUCGUGGACACCCCCCCGCACCCAGCUUUAGGUCAUAUUGUGGGUCCAGCAGCAUCAGUGCUGGGUGGCGUUCCUCCUCCAUACCACCCGGUCAGCGUGCGCCACCUAGACUCCCAGUCCAGUUCAGAGGACCCCCAGGAUUACCUGUGGCUCGCCAACUGUGAGAGCAAAAAGCCUGAACCCAACAGCUCCGUGGAGCGUCAGUCUCCAUUGGAGGGGUGUCAGGAGUAUUUGCUUCUGGAGGAGUGUGAGAGCAGGACUCUACCUCCACAGUCUAGUCUAGCCCAUGUCGAGUGCUCCAAGUCUACAUCUUCAGAGACGGACCUGAAUGACAACCUCCCAUCCCACCGCACGCCUACAUCCGCCACUUCCUUAACCAAACACACCUCGCACAAUGGCUUCUUCCCACAGCACCAACCUCCAGCUUCCGCUCCAUCCUUCUACGACUCGCCUCCCUCACGCGGUGCCUCACUGUCAUCUGAUGCCGGCAUCUACCACCUCCCUCGCAGCUACUCGCAGGACACCGUGCUGCUUCCGAAGUCAGCCACCUCCCCUCCGUCCAACCCAGACGGUGGGGACGCGUCUGAACUUUAUGUCUUCAACACACCUUCGAGAAACACAUCAUGCGUGGAGACGCACAUGCGAAAUCUUUCCAUCAGUUACGACAUCCCACCCACUCCUGGCACUAACUCAACCUACCAGGUUCCCCGCACAUUGUCAUCGUCGACGGGGGUAGGAGCCCCGGAGAGUGGGGGGGAUGUCAUUCCCCCUCCCAGACCACCCAAACCUUCACUCAGCUCCACCUCAGGGCUUCCACCUCCCCCGGCUGAGCGCUCACCUACGGACACCUACUGUGUGCCCCGCUCAGCCUCAGAGACGGACGGAAACUACUGCGUGCCGACCAGCGCCGGGAACAAGGCUUUACGCAGCAACACCAUCGGCACUAUGGACUGUUCACGGCUCCGCAAAGAUUUUGGAUCCCAGGACUUCUACGACAUUCCCAGAUCAUUCCCCUCAGACAAAAGUUGUUCGUUUGACUUCAAUGAAAGCUUCAACAGCUACUUUGACUCACAGGUAACUGUGAGCUGUUCAUUGAAGAACAAAGGAAUGAUGCCAGUGAGCAGCCACUCUAUGGAAGAGGUCGAGCAGAACUACGUCCCCAUGAGCGUCAACUCCCCGUCGCAUCACCACUCGGGCAGUUUGCCGGAGCCGAUGAACGAUACGAACUAUGUGCCCAUGACUCCUAGCACCAUGGAGUUCUCCUCCCUGGGAAAACAGGUCCCCCCUCCCGCCCACAUGGGCUUCCGCUCAAGUCCAAAGACCCCUCCCCGCCGGCCAUUGCUCAACGAGUUCCAGCCGCCACCCGUGGACCGAAACCUCAAGCCUGAUCGUAAAGGUCAGAGUCCUAAAAUAAUAAGAGCAAAGGUUGUCGGUUUAGAGCGAACCGACUCUCAAACCGUAGGUGAAUUCCCGAGGGGACGACGCAAGGGAAAACCUGCACCAUUAGAGAUCAAACCGCUACCAGAAUGGGAGGAGCCCUGCACACCUGUACGCUCACCUGUCACACGCUCAUUUGCCAGGGAUCUCUCUAGGUUUCCAAUGCCGGCGAGACCCCCGUCAGUGCAUAGCACGGCCUCCAGCACUGACUCCGAGGACAUUGCAGAGAAUUAUGUAGAAAUGGACCCUAAUAUACCCACAGAUGAACCAAUAAUGAAGAUGGCCGCACCCAUGCCUGUGGAUGGUGGGAGUAGUCCGAUGGUGAAGCCCAAAGGAGAUAAACAGGUGGAGUACUUGGAUUUGGAUCUUGAAUCUGGCAAGUCUACCCCACCUCGGAAGAUUAAAAACAACACAACUGGCAUUUCUGCGUCAGAUGAGCGUGUCGACUAUGUGGUUGUGGACCAACAGCGCACACAGGCCCUGAAGAGCACCAGGGAGGCAUGGAGUGAAGAUCGCCAACUCACAGAAACUGAUGCCCCUUCCAAAGUAACCAAAUGAGCCUGUUCCAGACUACCAUCCCACUUUCUAAACCUCUAAUCUGCCAGGUCUGAGAUACUUUUCACAGAGUGAGAGCCAGUGGCUCAUCUGACUUCAGGCCCGGGAGAACACUGUGUGUCCGUUUGGACACAUGAUGUGGCCCAUGAAUAAGUUUUUUGCCGUAUGAAACCAGGCAGAUGAACUGAACUUGUCUUUCUGGGGUUUGACUUAAACAGACUCUGAACUUUAAACAUUCACUGCCUUCGAUGAGGAAUAAGGGCUGUUUUUCGCUCGUCUGUCCCAACGCCUGUAGGCUAGUCCAGAGUUAACAUUUCCUUUUAUUGUAAAGCUAUUUGGUGUUGCUUUGAAGUGUAAAUGAAAUCACUCGAUAACAUAAUCAUGAUUCUUUGGCAAUGCAACACUACUAAAUAGCAGCGCAGGUUAACAGUGUUGAAUUUUCAGUUUCUGGUGUUAAACCUGAGGGGAGGUAAUAUCCAACACUAUUUUACUCUUUUAUUUACGUCAAAUACAGUGCCUUGCAAAAAUAUUCAUGCUACCAGAACUUUUUUCACAUCAUGUCACGCUAAACCACAAAGUUAAAAGUAUUUUAUUGGGGUUUUAUGUAAUAAACCAACACAAACGUGCACAUAACUGUGGAGUGGAAAGAAAUGAGCUGUUCAUCUCUGCAGCUCCUCCAGAGUAAGCCUUCUCUCCUUGCCUGGCAUGCAAGUUUAGGUGGACAGCCACGUCUUGGUAAUUGCUUGUUGAGAUGUUCACUAUUACUGGGAAAUUACUUUCUAACCCAAUCCUUUAAACUUUACCUCUGACCUGCCUGCUGUGUUCCUUGGUCUUCACUAAUGUUCUCUUAACAAACCUCUGAGGCCUGAAUGUCUCCUGAAGGGUGUUUGUUGCACUGGAUGUUAUUUAGGAGCUUAGUGUACAGGGAGAUGAAUACAAAUGCACUCCACACUUUUCUCAGAUUUGUUUUUGUUUUUUUUGUAAGACAAAUUGUCCAGCUUCACAAAUAUGCAGUACUUUGUUUUAGUUUAUCAUCUAAAAUUCCAAUAAAAUCCCCUGAAGAUUUGGUUCUGAAUAUUUUUGCAAAGCACCGUAGAUCAGAUAGCAUUACGCUGACUCCAAUCAAGAUCCAAGGCAAUUCCUUCAACCUGGAUCCUUUAUGAUAGACCAAUUCUUUGAACUCAAAGGCAGUUGAACAUAACCAAGUGCUAAACGUAAGCUUUAGAUUCACGUAAGUUUUAAUCACUGUAUCCGAUUUCCAUUUGUUUUGUAAGUGGGAAUGUUUCAGUCUGUCUGUUUCUGGAAGUGAAAACUGUACAGAAGUGUUUUUUGUAUAUAAACAGGAAAAGUGUCCUUUAUUUGUAUGAAAUCUCCACCAUGUUUUGACUAGAAGGUAUACGGAUUCUGCAGGGUGGAAUUCUUUACCGGUCUCCGUUGGUUUUCAGGAUUGUGUUUAAUGAAUGAUGACUGUGAGUUUUAAGAGUGUGACAAGUUUUCUAUAAGUUAUGCAAAGGCAUUACAGCGGGGUCACAGAGAGAAAAUCAGGUACUUUUUUAUAUAAAUGCACACUAAUACGACUUUCCUUCUCUAAUUUAUUUCUGGAGUAAUUUCAUCUUGUUGAUGUCAUGACCGGUUUUCGCUCAGUAUUCUUGAUUCAAAUGGAGGAACAUUAGCUGGACUUUAGUUUGAUAUCUGCUGAGAAAUUAGGGUCAGAAAUUCAUUUCUCCUCUCUUUUUCACUCGACAUUCUCCUCGUGAGUUUAAUUUAUUUUAAAUUAAACGCAGUUUUGACAAAUUGACUGCCUCAUCUAGUUAGCUCCAAGACAUCUUGAGACAGCUGAAAAUUCUGUCUCCGUACAUCUAGCCUUACUAAGCCUACCAUCUCUCUCUGAGAAAACCCGAGCAUGUUGCUGCCAUGAGAUCAAACCGUUGCUGUAAAUAGUUUGCCAUCAGUUGAAUUAACACAUAUCUCUUAAAUGACCUACACAGUCAUUUUCUGUUGACUUUCCUCUUUCUGUGCUGCAGGAUCUUUGUGAUACAGACUGCAGAACUGAUGUUUUCUAACGAAUCUCAAGUGAAAAUUUAAAUUUGAAAACUGAACUAAUAAAAUACAACAUCUUA